AUUGACAGUUCUUUUUUACGCGUCGGUGGGUGCAGUUGUAUCAUCGUACUUUUUCCUUUUUUAACAAUCCUCCUAAUAAUAACGUUUGUAAUUUAAAUUAACUUGUAAUCUCAUUACUUUUAUAUAAAUUUUAAUUUCAAUAUGUCUAUUACCGGCCGUGCACUGCAUUUUGUGUUCAAAGUUGCGGAUAGAACACUCACCGCAAAAUUCUACCGAGAUGUCCUGGGAAUGAAGGUUUUGCGUCAUGAAGAAUUCAGUGAAGGCUGUGAAGCAGCUUGCAAUGGACCGUACGCUAACAGAUGGAGCAAAACCAUGAUUGGUUACGGACCAGAAGACACUCAUUUUGUUGUGGAGCUCACAUACAACUAUGGAAUAACACAUUAUGACUUGGGAAAUGAUUUCAUCGGCCUGACGAUACAGUCCAGUGAGAGUCUCAAGAGGGCAGCAGCAAAUAACUGGCCUGUAAAAGAACAGAACGGAGUCAAGUACCUAGAGGCACCUGGCGGCUACAAGUUCUUCAUUAUUGAUAAGCCACAGCCAGUUGAUAAGGAUCCUGUCGUAAAGGUGUCGCUCGCAAGUUCAAAUCUGGCCAAGUCCAUUGCGUACUGGAAUGGUCUCCUCACACUGAAGAUCUUCGAAAAAACCGACAAAUCUGUAAUCCUUGGGUUCAGCGAGGACCAAGCAAAAUUGGAAUUAGUUGAAAUAAGUGGCCCCGUGAACCGCGCGAAGGCAUACGGCCGCAUCGCCUUCGCCUGCCCAUUCGAAGUCCAGCCAAUCAUCGACAAAAAGAUCCAAGAAGCCAACGGAACCAUCCUCACACCCCUCAUAUCCCUCGACACCCCUGGAAAAGCCACAGUCAGGGUCAUCAUCCUCGCAGACCCUGACGGCCACGAGAUAUGCUUUGUAGAUGACGAGAGUUUCAGACAACUGUCUCAAGUCGACCCCAACAGCGAUGCUGAUUUGGACAAGUUCAUCAAAUCAGACAAAUCCAGAGCAUAAUGUAUGUUAACUUUUCAGACAGCUUUUCAUGAGUAUCUUUAGCGUUUUGGAUUUUUAUUUAAAUAAAACGUUUUGUUGAGCUGGAUGUCAGUGGUCUGUUUGCAGGACUGCACACGGAAAAUUGUAUAAAAACUGUUGGAAUAAUAAUAAGGGUUCCUUGUAAGGACUAUGGAACCCUAAAAAGGACAAUUUUACUUACCAAUAGGUACUUAGGAAUUGGUCUUGCAAAUGACUACUUACAUCUGCCUCAAAACGACUUAUUUGAAAGAGACCUUAAAGUACUUAGCAUAAAAUGUGAUAAAAUUAUUUCUUAUUUUGGUGUUUGUGUAAUUUUAGCAUUCCUUGUUAAUUGAAGUUUUAAUUAUUAUUAUAAGUAUAUCGUUAGUGUACUGCAUUGUUUCUUUGAUAUGUACACAGCAUUUCUUCAGUACGCAUGUACCUGUAAUUUGUACAACUAACCAAUGCUAUGCGAAAAAAUAUC